AAGAAAGUGCACCAUCAUUCAAAGUCCUACCACCAACUCCCUUGACAUCUCUCUCUCUUGCCUAUGUCAGCUCAGUCUUCAAAGACCACCACACUUGCUCCUCAGUACUGAACCGUCUACAAAAAAACAUUAUCCAGAAAAGUGUAAUACGGAGUGUUUUGGGUGAAGAAGAAAAAAUAAUGCUCAACAAAAGCAGAUGCAAAAAAGAUGUAAUGUGAUCAACUGCUGAGCCACAGAGAAUUUUUGCUCGAAUAGAAUUUGACCCAAAAAAAAGAAAAAAAAAAGCUCAUUACUAGUCAAAGAUCAGAUACGGAACAAUAAAAUAUAGAUCGAACUGGGGCACUUGAAAGCUAAUCAAAUCUCCAUAAUCUGAAACAAAAACUCAGUAACUCACAUUCGAAAAGUAAGAACAGAUCGAUCAUACAAUAAGGCCUGAUUCUUACAUGUUGAAUUUUCUUCGAGAGAAAAAUGGCUUCUUCGAGUUUUCCUGUCACCGAUUCAGAGGAUGCGAUAUACAAGGAGCUAUGGCAUGCUUGUGCUGGACCUUUGGUCACUGUUCCUCGUCAAGGAGAACUCGUUUUCUAUUUUCCUCAAGGCCAUAUCGAAAAGGUUGAGGCGACGACGAAUCAAGUGUCUAAGCAACAAUUGCCAGCGUAUGAUCUUCCUUCUAAAAUCCUAUGUCUGAGCAUCCUCUGUUCUUACUUUUGUUGGGCCAAGUUGAAUAUAUUCAUGUAGCUGUAUUGAAAGAGUACGUGUUGAGAUAUGAGAAAUCAAGAGACCAUUUUUAUUUCCCUAGAUGGACUAGUUUUGUUGUAUGUAUUAUGAUUGAGGAGAUGAAAAAGUUGGAAAAUAAAUUAUUUAGAGCUGGAUUUGAAGCUCUCAAGUUGAUAGGCUGAUGAUGUUGAAAAACUGAUUGAUUGAACUGGGAAGUCACUGACAUGAUAUUUAUCAAGCAAAAUAACUGCUUGGGAAUUCCUGCAA